UUUGACCCAACUCCGACUAGACUAGUCCCUGCUAAGCUAGGCUUGCUCAACACAGCCCCCUGCCCAAUAGGCAAAGAGCAUCAUCAACGUCCUUCAGCUACCGCCCUAAGAGCAGUUGGCCGUUAAAAAGUUCAUCGCCCUCCAAUUUCAAUGACGGAGCUGAACGCCGACGACAACCUCCAAUCCCGAGAUCAUAACAUCAAGACUUCAAUUCUCCAAUCUCCUUCUCAUCCUAAUACAUUCCAAAGCUCAGGAAUUGAAGAUAGUACUGAUGGAGAUAUAGAAGACGAGGAGCUAAGGAGACUAUUGGUUCCAAAAAUAGAAGACCUUCCUCUCACUCCACCAACUGCAAUUCAAUCCAACUUCAUCACAUAUUAUGCCCCAGAUUUUAUGAAACCUGGGCAUGAUCAGUAUGUUCAUCGUCAUGCUAAUGGCUUGUGCAUAGUUGGGUUAGCUUCAACUCAUGUGGCUUUUAAGGACGAAGGAGGAAUUACAGGUGUUGAUUUCAAUGUCGGAAAGGCUGAUCGAAGUGGGAUUAAGGUUACAGGAAAGCGGAAAAAGAAUGCACAACAUUUUGAGUCCAAUACAGCAUUAUGUAGAGUAAUCACCAAGGAUUCUUCUUACAUUGUGAGAUGCUGCGUCAAAGGGUCUCUGUUGGAAGUAAAUGAGAGAUUAAUGAAGCAACCUGGUUUGCUUAAUUCAUCGGCAGAUAGGGAAGGAUAUAUUGCAAUUUUUAUGCCAAAGCUAGUAGAUUGGCGUAAAGUUGAGGCUUCUUUUGUUGGUGUGGAAGAGUAUAAGAGGUUAAGAGGCAUUUCUUGACUAGUAUGUCUCCAGGUGGAUUGUGUCAUAAGCCGACUCAUUGUGUCAAAGUCAUUGAUGAUUAAGUAGAUACCUUUAGCAGCAGUGUCAAGUUGAGCUUCAAAUCUUUCAAGGGAAGUUUUUGGAACCAGCCAUUCUUUAGUCUGCUUGAUCUGCUUCAUACAUGCCCCCAAGGAACAAGCAACUAGAGCUGGUGCAGCUACUAUGCCUACUGCAGUAUGAAGUACAAGUAUUGGCAAGGCAAUAGUCAAUGCACAGCUUGCAGCUAUCAGAGUACCUCUAGCAAACCUCUUGCUACAUCUUAUGAAUUUUCUUCUCCUUCUAAUCCUUUUAAUCUUGGAAGUGAAUCUUUGGAGUGCUGAAUGGAGGUCGUCAUGAAUGUGUUGAAAUUGAGCUUGGGUAAUAGCGGCUAACGGGUUCCUGAGUAAUGCAAAUGAAGCCAGGUUCCUGUAUAACUCAUUUUGUUGGUCAUCAUCUGAUAUUUGUUCGAGUUGAUUAAGCACCCUUUUCAUUGUACCGUACUUAGCCCUAGUUUCAUGAAUGCUUCUCAAGAUUAACUCACAUGUUUUGCAUGCCUCAGAGCUAAUUUUGAAGAAACCAGAUAGAAUUUGAUGAAGAUCGUUUGCAGAGCCCUUAUUGACAUUCGUUGGAGUUUGUGGGCACGGUUCGAGCACACCUUGAGAGAGAUGCUGUGGAAGAGAGGGAGACGAGGACAGUCGAUCAAUACUUUUUCUUGCCAACUGGCUUUGAACUUCGCUGCAAAUUUCUAUGUAAGAAUUGGUCCUAAAGGCUUCCAUGUAUUCUUCAUCGACAAUAUUUGACUUGUUCAUCAAGCGAUCAUCUUGCGUUUUACC